AUGACAAUGCACAUCAAGCAGUCAACAGUAAGAUCAAUUCUUACAGUAGCUCGACGUGGAAAGAAACGACUGAAUUUGGAUUCAGAUGCUUUAGCAGUUCUCACAGCACUCAUCAAUUUACUUGCACAAGAAACAAUCGCUAGGACAUGCCAGACGGCAGCCAAUACAGGCGAUCGUCACGUGACAAGAGAUCAUCUCAAACGGAUAAUUGCCCAAAUCAUGCUCGAUUUCGCAGUUUAA